AUGUCUACCACCGCUACUUGCCUUCAGCUCGAAGAGUUGCACAAGACUCCGACUACUUUCCACAGCGGCUUCUUCUCAGAGUCCAUCUCAGAUUACUCAAACGAGUCAAGGUCAGAAAGUGAACCUCCGUCGCCACGGUCGGUAGAGUCAACACAAAGGGUGUUGCUCCUCAAGGGGGCUCGUGAACAAUAUGCACUUGUAGAUGAUCAUGCCAUUCCUUCCAUCUUGCAUGAGGGAGAGAUUCUUGUCAAGGUCCUCACAAUUGGUCUGAACCCUGUUGACUGGAAGGGACCUGCUUUCAACUUCGGGAUACCCAGUCUGCCAUGGAUCAACGGGCGGGAUUUGGCUGGACGUGUACUACAAGUCCCCAAGGGCUCAUCACGUCUUCGUGUAGGCGACGUGGUGCUCGUGCCAUCAACAGAUUACCGGGAUAUCAGGAAAGCAGCAUUCCAGGAAUACGCCAUCGCCACUGACUUCAAUGCUGCCCGGAUCCCUCCUUCAACAUCUAUCCACGCUGCAGCUUCUGUUGGAGUCGCAUACGUCGCUGCUGCAUUGGCCCUGGGCGUAUCGUUUGGACUAGACUUCUCUCUCAUCAAAAGAGUCCCCGGUCCAAAUCUGCCGAAUAUCAUCAAGAAGCUUGACCGAACAACUAUACCGGCCGACAUACACCAAGAAUGCUUUGCAUCAUUAAUGGAAUCAGAAAAGCCGCAACGGGGAGACUGGAUUGCUAUCUGGGGAGCCUCAACAACCACUGGGUUGGUAGCUCUUCAACUCGCCAAGCUUGCCGGGUUACGGGUGAUUUGCAUAGCGGAUGCCGCCAGACACGGUGCCAAGCUCGUACAGUCUGGUGCAGAUCUUCUAGUCGAUCGACAUGAUCCUGACCGUGCCGUGGAAAUUAUUCGCGGUGUUACUGGAGGCAAGCUUCGAUACGCACUCGAUAUUGUCGGAUCAGAGACAGCAACACAACUUGAGAAGACUCUUAACCCCGAUGGCCACUCCCAUCUCCUCGGCUUGACUGGCCUUCCCAAAGUGAGGAACCCGGGGAUACAGUACCACACUGUCCCCAUCAAGCUUUUCCAUACUGCCCCUGCAGUGGGUGAAGCUAUGGUGUGCUGGUUAGAGGACCUUCUGCAAUCAACAGAUCUCACGUUGCCGGAGAUCGUCCACGCAGAGGGUGGGCUGGAAGGUAUUAACGCGGCACUCGAGACUUUACGGAGUGGCUCGGUGUCUGGAAAACGCAUUGUGGUCGACCUGGGCUCUUCGUCUGAGCUAUGA